AGGGGGGUCUUAAAGGGGCCGCGGAGCAGCCCGAGGGGAGCGGCCGUGCCCUCGGGCCUCGCCGCCCGGGGGGAGCCCCGGGGGGGUGUUGCGGCCCGAACUGGGCCGAGGAGCGAGAGGGAGCCGGGGCUGGAUGCCUCCAGAGAGGGGAAGUUGACGCACCAGGCUAAGAAUAGCUCGGGGAGGGGAAGCGUGGACAAUGCUGUCGCGAAAGCUUCUGAUGAAAUCGCAGCCAGAAGUGGAGGAGUCUUUGAACCUUUCCUCGAUCAGUACCUUUGGCUCCUAGAGGCUCCCUCAAGAAGCUCCUCGGACCAGGAGGAGGAAAGAAGGGAAGAAGCCGUCGGCUGUCAGAGUGCACGCCCUGUCCUGGAGCGGGGCGAGGAAUUGGGAAGGCUAGAGGAAGUUGCUGUAUGUGGACUUUUUGGACAAAAUGCUUUCUCUGAAGAAAUAUUUCACUGAAGGCCUCAUCCAGUUCACCAUUUUGCUCAGCUUGAUAGGCGUUCGUGUGGACGUGGACACCUACCUGAACUCGCAGCUCCCCCCUCUAAGGGAAAUCAUUCUCGGCCAGAGCUCUGCUUACACUCAGACCCAGUUUCACAACCUGCGCAACACCUUGGAUGGGUAUGGCAUCCACCCAAAAAGCGUAGACCUGGACUAUUAUUUCACAGCUCGCCGGCUCCUCAAUCAGGUGAGGGCCCUGGACAGGUUUCAAGUGCCCACCACUGAAGUCAGUGCCUGGUUGGUGCACAGAGACCCUGAGGGCUCUGUGUCCAGCACCCAGCCCAGCGCCGGCAUCGCCCUCGAGAACGGCAGCGGCCUGCAGGAUGGCACCGGCCCCGACAACGGCGUGAGGGAGAGCGGAGCCGAGCAGGGGUUCAGUGAGGAGCUGGAGGACUUGGGAGCGGUGGCACCUCCGGUGAAUGGAGACCUGACCAAGGAGGACAUCGAUUUGAUUGACAUCCUGUGGAGACAGGAUAUUGAUCUCGGCGCUGGGCGAGAGAUUUUUGACUACAGCCACCGUCAGAAAGAGAGCGAAGUGGACAAAGAACUGAGUGAUGGGAGGGAGCGUGGGGACAGCUGGAGGAGCGGAGGGAAUGAGAUCGUGGAUAGAAACCUGCUAGUUGAUGGAGAGACCGGGGAGAGUUUCCCUGCGCAGGUGCCUGGUGUGGAGGAUCAGACAGCCCUGUCCCUGGAGGAGUGCCUUAGGCUCCUGGAGGCCACCUUCCCUUUCGGGGAGAAUUCGGAGUUUCCAGCUGCAGAUGUCUCCACCCUAAGCGAAGCUGUGCCUGGCGAGAGCAGGUCUGCGGGCAUCCAGAACGGCCUGCUGUCUCCCCUCCUCGCGGAGACCGAAUCCCCGUUCGAUCUGGAGCAGCAGUGGCAGGACCUCAUGUCUAUAAUGGAAAUGCAGGCUAUGGAAGUGAACAACACAACCGCCGAAACCCUGUACAACAGUACAAGCGGAGACCUGCUGACUUCUAACUACAGCCUCGCGCCAAACACUCCCAUCAAUCAGAAUGUCAGCCUGCAUCAGGCCUCUCUGGGUAGCUGCACACAGGACUUCUCCCUCUUCAGCUCGGAAAUCGAAAGCCCCUCCAUGGCUGGCAGCUCAGCCCUGCUUCAGCUGACUCCGGACAACUCCACUGGCCUCAACACAACCUUCGGCUCUACCAACUUGAGCGGCAUCUUCUUUCCUCCGCAGCUGAAUAGCACAGUCAACGAGACGGCCGGCCCCGAGCUGCCAGACCCGCUGAGCGGUCUUCUAGACGAAGCCAUGCUUGAUGAGAUCAGCUUGAUGGACUUGGCUAUUGAGGAAGGUUUCAACCCAGUGCAGGCUUCUCAGCUGGAAGAAGAGUUUGAUUCUGACUCAGGUCUUUCUCUGGAUUCUAGCCACAGUCCUGCUUCUCUCAGUAGCUCAGAAGCCUCCUCCUCCUCCUCCUCUUCCUCUUCUUCCUCCUCCUCCUCCUCGUUUUCUGAGGAAGGAGCUGUCGGCUACAGCUCAGACUCUGAAAACGUGGACUUUGAAGAAACGGAAGGGGCAGUUGGAUACCAGCCAGAAUACAGCAAGUUCUGCCGCAUGAGCUAUCAGGACCCAUCGCAACUACAUUACUUGCCUUAUCUGGAGCAUGUUGGCCACAACCACACCUAUAACAUGGCACCGGGGGCUCUGGAUCCCGAGGAGCCCAAACUGCCCAACAUCGGGAAGAAAAACAGCAAGGAGAAGCCGUCCGAGUUUCUGGACAAGCAGAUGAGCAGGGACGAGCAUCGAGCCAGAGCCAUGAAAAUCCCUUUCACUAAUGACAAGAUCAUUAACCUGCCUGUGGAGGAGUUCAACGAACUUCUCUCCAAGUACCAGCUCAGCGAGGCGCAGCUGAGCCUGAUCCGGGACAUCAGGAGACGAGGCAAGAACAAGAUGGCUGCCCAGAACUGCCGCAAGAGGAAACUGGACACCAUCCUGAACUUGGAACGGGACGUAGAGGACUUGCAGAGGGACAAGUCCAAACUGCUCAGGGAGAAGGUGGAAUUUCUCAAGUCCAUCCGCCAGAUGAAGCAAAAGGUGCAGAACCUCUACCAGGAAGUGUUUGGUCGGCUGCGGGAUGAGAACGGCCAACCUUACUCUCCAAAUCAGUAUGCCCUACAGUAUGCCAGCGACGGCAGUGUUAUUUUGAUACCUCGCACCUUGGCUGACCAGCAGGCCAGGCGGCAGGAGAGGAAACAGAAAGACAGGCGGAAGUGAGGCAAGCGGGAGGAGUGGGGAACUCGCUAAAGUUAGAACUGGAGAAGGGCUGAGCCUGGAAGUACUUAGAGGAACUUUCAUGCCUUCUUAUCCAAUAUAUCUUCUCAAACAUGACUGCUGCCGGUCAGUGUACAGGAAGAGACUGGUGCACUUGGAGGGUGCGGGACCUGCGCAUUGCGUUUCCGAUGGCUCCCUGCAGAGAGGGACUGGGGAGGAAUGGACGGUGCACUGGCGAGCCCAGCGCCUUCUACAACCUGGAAUCCUUUGAGUGCAGGAAAAUAAGCUGGCAUCACUGGUGGUGAGAAUUGGCAGAGGUGGAAAAACUACUGUUAGGAACUGGCUUUAAAUAAGAAAAGAGAUUUAAGCAAAUGAACUUAAAACAAGUUAUAGGAGAGACAUUUUUCUGAACUUCCAAAGUUCUGUGAUUUCAGGUAGUUGUUUUUUUUUUUUUUUUUUUUCCUUUUCCCCCGAACCAGUUUUGACAUCGGUGUGUGUGAUUCAAUCUGAUUUAAUUCCAGAUUAACCAACAUCCCUUCCUAGAUCAGACCAGUGCACACAUGGAAACACAAGCGGUGUGACUUCCAUUAAUCCUUUCCAGUCUGAGCACUCUUGGACGGGGCUAGCGGGAGAAGCGUUGCUGUAUGCCUGGAGGAGCGGUGCAGCCUUCGCGGGGGGCGCUUGGCUAGAGCUGUAGGCUUUCCGGGAGGGGGCGGAACUGGAAAGGGUUAACAGAACCAACGCGAUACGCAUCCCCCACCAAACUCACAGAGCAUGUCACUGCCGCCGAGCCAGCGCCGUGCUGGGACGCCGAGAUGCGUUAGAUGAGAAGGCACGCAGUCGCCUGCAUGCAAACGCUGCCUUCUCCCACUGACGGGCUGAGGAACCGCUUGGGGGGACGCGGGGAGGGGGUGGGCGCCAGCACCCCCGCAGCUCGCGGGGAGCCGGCUGCCGGGGGCCGGGGCGCCCCAGGGCGUGGGGUGGGGGAGUGGCAAUGCCAGUCGGCGUAGAGCACAACGGGAGCGGAGGGUUCCUACCCCGGGACGUGGGCUUGUCACUUAUAGAACUAGACAUCUGUUAGGAUUCCUGUUUCUUAACCGCGCUUUGAUUUUUAGGGCUUCAGCCCUGUUUUCCCUAUAGGGUCUAGAGUGCUUGUGUUGAGUUAAAAGGGAGAAGCCCAAAUGUUCAAAGCUGCUAAAUGUUCUCUUUGCCAUAAAGAUUCAGUGUAACCGUGUGAUCACAUUAUAGGAUUCUCUUCUGUCCCUAGGUGUUGGUCUGACUUCCUUUGUUUUAAGGAGGGGGGUGGGGGUAGUGCCUUGAUCACUGUUGGUCUCCGAGACGGAGACAAUCCUAGAAGCUGUAUUUACAAUAUAGCACAGCUGGGAGUGUACUGACUUUACCAGCAACUGAAAAGCUUAAAAUGGCUUUCCUAGCCAGUCCUGUGCAUGCGAUAGGGGGUGAGGGCAUAGCACGGAGGCGGACGGCGCAGCUGAGGAAAGACUCGGGGUGGUGACUUAGGGGAAGGAAACCUUGUAAUGCAAGUGCGAAGCCAACCUCUGCUCUGGAGGCCGGGGAAGGCUGCGGUGGUGCAGGGCUGCCGACAGGGAAGGGGUCUGCUGUCACGGGUGUGUUUUCCAGGCUCUGGGGAAAGCGGUUGCAUCUCAGAGAGCACCGGGGUGAGACCUGUGGGGCACCCGGCGUGUUCACCAUGAGCAGCACGCGAUGGACGAGCUGGGACCACAACGGUCUCUUCCCUCCCAAGCUUCUGAGAUUCAACAGCUUUACUUACGUGAGAGACGAAGCACAAGUAGUGGCGAUGUUGGUGGGUGCGGGGAGGUUGGAAUGGAGCCCUGCGUGUAUGUUUUAAAUUAUUUUCCUCUUAGAAACUUUAUUUUAAUGGUCUGUGACCUGUCAGGGAAAGAAGAGAGAUUGUGUGAGCACAGGACAAAAAUAAAACGGCUUAUUCACUGUA